CCUCCAAGUGUGCCUGGGGCCUCUGGCCAGAGGAAGAGGAAAGAUGAACUCCUGGAGAUACUUUACUUGGUUGCUUUUCCAAGACUAGCUUUCCCUCAGGGACAAUUGAAGACUCCCUAGGGAAUUCCCAAAAAGGGGAAGAUAUUUCAGAAAUAUGCCAUUUCUUCAGCUGGUGGCAGUCCAUCGGGGUGUUUCCUGUAGUGAGCCAAUUAGUUAAGACGGAUUGUAUGUUGUAUCGGGGGAAGCUGGGAUAGUCAUCAGUUUUACCCUGGGAGAUGAAGGGCAUUUUGAAGCCAAGGCCUAAAAGGAGCAGAACUGGGUGAAGCCACAUUCUUACUGUCCUCACCAUUGAGUCCAUCAGAGACAGACUUUCAAGAAACAUCAGGAAUGACCUUUGAGAAUCAGGAUGGGACCAAGGGCCAGACUUCCUCUCCACCCCCCUGGACUGAGACAUCUAAUCCCUUUCUUGAGUUUAUUGAGCCCAACACUGUAGAUAGGAAUGCCAACUUUCCUUUCAGCCUAAGAUUAUCCAGCCCAGAGGCACCAGGUUCCUUAAAAUACAUGCCAUAUUUUAGAACUCAUGGAGAUACCUCUACUAGCCCAUGGCCAAUGGAACAUGAGAGAAAUGUCCAUGAAAAUGAGUUUAAAAUAGAGAGAGGAAAAAGUCCUGCAAAGACUUGUGCCCAAAAAAACAGGGAGUCCUCUGAGGAUUCCAUUCCUGCCAGUGGAUAUUUUCCAUAUUAUCGGACGGAGGAAGACUUAAGAAGCCUAUUGCAGCAGAAAGGGCUCUGUAAAACCUGCAGAGAAGACCAAAGACAAAGUGGUGAAGGAAGAGGCAAAACGGGAAGAAGAGAAAGUGGUUGUUCCACACCUACCUGUUACAGAAACAUGAUACCCUCACCAAUCCUGACACGGAGUGAAAUCUCCUCUCUCCCCACCACUCUUCAGCUUCCUGAUCCUCUAGGAUCCUUUCCCGAUGAGAACCCCAGUGCUAGUGGAAUGGAGAUCUCUCUUUUUGGAGAAACAUCACUUCUAAGAGAGUUCCAUAUCCCAACAGAAUAUGCACAAUAUUUCCGCACAGACGAAUCACUUCAGGAAAGCCAUGCCCCAUGCCUCUUCCCUUUGGGGGCAGAAGAAGUGGAUGGGGAUGGUCCAGAGAAGGAGAGACAUUUUGGAUCCAGCCCUGUCCACCCUGGAUUCCAGGAAAAGGCCAGCUAAAUCGCUGACUUCCCCAAUGUAACCCAGGGAGGGAGUAACCCAGAUGAAGCAAUUGCUUUUAAGAACA